AUGGGGAGCUGCAGAAACGGCGUCGUAUCUGGGGGCAGCAAUGGAGAGAUUGGCGGCGGUCCAACGGUGGACAAAGGAGUCGAUUUCGCUAAUUAUUUCUGCACCUAUGCCUUUCUCUACCAUCAAAAAGAGAUGCUUUCUGAUCGGGUCCGCAUGGACGCUUACUUUAACGCCAUAUUUGAGAAUAAACAUCACUUCCAAGGAAAAACCGUGUUGGAUGUAGGAACGGGAAGUGGUAUACUUGCAAUUUGGUCGGCACAAGCAGGCGCAAAGAAGGUGUAUGCUGUGGAAGCUACAAAGAUGUCGGAACAUGCCCGCACACUUAUCAAAGCUAAUAAUCUUGAUCAUGUGGUUGAAGUAAUUGAGGGGUCUAUAGAGGAUGUUAGCCUGCCAGAGAAAGUUGAUGUAAUUAUAUCAGAAUGGAUGGGCUACUUUCUUCUUCGUGAGUCUAUGUUUGAUUCGGUGAUAUGUGCUCGUGAUCGCUGGCUGAAGCCAACUGGAGUCAUGUAUCCUAGUCAUGCUCGCAUGUGGAUGGCACCUAUUAGGUCAAGUUUGGGAGAUCAGAAAAGGAAUGAUUAUGAAGGAUCCAUGGACGAGUGGUAUAGGUUUGUCCAAGAUACUAAGACUUCCUAUGGUGUUAAUAUGAGUGUUUUAACAAAGCCUUUCUCUGAAGAGCAGAAGAAAUAUUAUUUACAGACAUCAUUAUGGAGCAACCUUCAUCCACAUCAAGUUAUAGGGACAGCAGCUAUUGUGAAGGAGAUUGAUUGUUCUACUGCUACAGUGAAUGAUGUCCUUGAAGUCAGAUCAAACCUUUUAUCAUCAAUCACUGGAGAGAGGACAAGGCUUUGUGGAUUUGGUGGAUGGUUUGAUGUCCAUUUUAGAGGAAGCAAGGUGGAUCCUGCUCAGAAAGAGAUCGAGUUGACAACUGCACCUAGUAUGGAUGAUAGCACACAUUGGGGCCAGCAGGUUUUCCUCCUUCAUCCUCCUAUUCAUGUUAGUGAAGGGGAUGACCUGAAUGUUUCUUUCUCAAUGAACCGGUCUAAGGAAAAUCAUCGAUUGAUGGAGAUUGAACUCAGUUGUGACAUUAGACAGUCUUCUGGCAAUAUUCUUCCGCCAUUCAGCAACAGGUUCUAUAUAGAGUGAGGAAAGAAACAGGUCACAUACUUUGGGUACUUUAACAUUGGCUAAGGUACAUACAGUUACUCCUUUAUUUACUAAAAUUUCAAAACAUGAUCUGCCUAUGCCCUAUGAUGUCAAAGCCAUAGAUUAAAAUACUGGUAUAGUCUACUCAAUUUCAGUCUGUGAGCCUUCUCUUGCUAGUUUAUCUAUAUUUGGGCUUUCUUUGCCCAUGGAAUUUGAAAUCUUUCUAUACAUGCUAGAACUUCUGCACAUACGUGCAACUGGAUUUGGCAAUAGAAUGUAUGUCGGUCAUCCAAACUUAAUCUGAACCUGUUGGUAGCUUAGAAAUUUCUUGAAAUAGUUUAGCUAUAUAUUAUUGGAGAGUUUUUUAACAUGUCAAACCUACUUGUAAAAAUCUUACCAA